AUGUCUGGCAGUAAUCAGAUGCCUUUCCGUAAUAAUCCACAAAACAAUCAGAAUCCUCCGAAUCCCCCACUCAGCCUCUUGGAAAAACUGAGGCGGAAGACCGAAUCACGACGCCUGGCUGAUGCUGCCGCCGCCCAAUCCAACGAUGAUGCUGUGGCUGCCAAAUCCAAGGCUGAUGCUGCGGCUGCCCAAUCCAAGGCUGAUGCUGCCGCCGCCAAAUCCAACGAUGAUGCUGAGGCCGCCGAAAUCCAAGCUGAAGCGGAUGCUAUGGUCGCCACUAUGGCCGCCAAAAUCCAAGCUCAUGCUGCGGCCACCGCCAAAUCCACCCCUCCCGCUCCGAUCGCCGUCAAAUCCACACCCGAUGUUGAGGGCCCCGCCCAAUCCAGAGUCUCCGCUGUUGCAAUCACUUGGAAACACCGCGCGAAUAAUCCACAUAAAUCCAACGCUCAUACUGGAGCAUCCAAAUCCACCGCUCCAGUUGGAGCGCCGGCCAAUCUCCCUCUGCCGGCGGAAUCAAAGUCUCGAAUCCAGGCUUACCAGGCGGCGAAAGAUCAAUCCAACCAUCACCACAAUGAGGAAAUUCCGGCACUCCACGCCAGAAUCCAAGAAUUAAGUAAUUCCUACAUUGAGCUGAGCCAAUCCUACCGCCUGGUAAUUGGCCGCCUCCAAUCACUCGAAAUUGAGUUCAAGAAGACCAAUUCUCCUGCAGGUGAUACGGAUCAAUUCCAAUCACCCAUGCUUGUUUCGGAAUCCUUGGCGGCCACUACUAGUCGCCAGCAAUGCUUUGGGCGCUUACAAUGA